AUGAAUCCACCAAAAUUCCAUGGAGGUAUAGAGCCAAUGAAGGCAGAAGCAUGGGUUCUUGAGAUGGAGAAGUUGUUUGAGAUCUUUUCCAGCACCGAUGCCCAAAAGGUGUCAUUGACAACAUUCACACUGGACGAUGAUGCUCGUAGUGUUCGAGAUCGCAAGACCACAGAAUUCCAGACUUUGACACAGGGCAACAAAACAGUGGAUGAAUAUGAUCGUGCUUUCAACGAGUUGGCAAGGUAUGCACCUCACAUGGUCAAUAACGAAUACAGAAAAGCUAGGAAGUUUGAGAGUGGACUUUGGGGACCAAUACAAGAUCGGGCUAAUAUGCUCAACAUACCGAUGUAUGCCGGAGUGUUAGACAAAACCAUCCUGGUAGAAGCUAACUUAAACAAAUAUCAGAGUUCAGGAGAGAGCCAGAGAAAAAUACAGAAUUAUGACAAUCGCCGAGUACCAUUUGGUGCCAAGAAGAAUGCAAAUAUGGGCAGUUCAAGCAACUCAAAUCAGGAGGGUGGUACUAGGCUGACAUGUUUAAGUUGUGGGAAGCCACAUUUUGUAGUUUUUCGUUGGGCAUCUGGAGCUUGUUUUAAAUGCGGUGAGAUGGGUCAUCGUGUUAAAGACUGUCCUAAGACAAAGACUAAUGAUGGUAAGAAAAAUGGAGGUGACGAGCAAGAAGGCGGCGGCGUCUAA